AAUCAAAACAAAUUAUUGAGGCCGUCCUCAUUUUAGUAAUGUUUAUUUAUUAAAAAUAUAACUGAAGAUGGCAUUAUGACCAAGAACCUUAAACAUGUAUAAACGGGUACAUUAUUUUGGCACAAUAUUAUUUAUGUGUUCUCUUAUAUAUUUAGUUAGAGUUGUAUUUACUGAAAUUUUUGACGAUGAAAGUGCGCUGGUUGACGAGUGGCUGGACCAGAAUGAUCUUAGCGAAUAUAAGAAACUCUUCAGGGAAUAUGGUAUCUCCACGCUGUCCGGCUGCGGGUCGCCGGAUCAGCUGGACCGGCUGCCGGAGCUGCCAGCGGCGGAGGAGAAGAGGCUGCGCCGCGCUGCACAGAUACUGCAGCAGAGACUCGUGCUACGCCAGUGGCUGGCCACGCAUAGACUGCAACACACCUACUCCAAACUCCUCAGCCUCGAUGUGUCGUCACUGGAGGACGUGUACUGGCUGGAAGACAGCACGGCGCGCCACGUGCUCGACCCGAAGGACUUCGGCGCGUGGUCGGCUGCCCGGCAGAGUCUACCCACCGGCAAGGAAGCGCUACAGACCCUCAAAGCUGAUCUAUGGAGCGCUGUCGUCAAGAACAGCAAGCAUCAAGACGCGUGGACAUGGGGUGGGAUGCUGGUGGUAUCAGUGUCGGUGUGCGGGCUGGUGACGCUGGCCGCCAUGACGCAGCCCUCCCUCGCGCCCGAGGCCAAGCACUCCUUGUUGCAGUACGUCACCGGGAAAUAUCUGCACCCACCUAGUUGCAGGGUAGAAUGGGGUUGGACGGAACCCCAAGCGGUGGGAGAAACAAUGUGCUUCACCGUGCACUGCUUCCAACGCAAUGGCCAGCCGUACCCCAUCUGUGACACCGACGAACUCACGGUGGCCAUAACCCACGGCUCCAGGAAAGUGAGUGGGGUUGGAUUUAACUUCUGGCAGGUGACGGCGGUCAUAGAGCUGGGGUCAGGCGACCCGGCGCAGGCCAACACUGCGCGGGUCAAGUUUACUGUUAGACAGGCUGGCGUCUACAUAGUUUCUGUCAUGAUCGGUCUGGUCCCGGUGGCGGGCAGUCCGUUCCGCAAAUGGUUUACGGCGGGGCGCGUGGAGGCGCGGCGCUCCCGGGUGGGCCGCGCGCACCACGCGCUCGUCUUCGCCGCGCAGCACGCGCGCGCGCUGCACGUGCACCCCCGGGACCACUACGACAACCCCGCGCCACUCACCGACCACGAGGGGUUUUCGAUCGAGAUCAGUCCGCUGGGUGCCGAAGUUGACGAGUCGUUGUCAUCAGCGGCGACAUUCUCAUACGACUCGGUAAACCAGCGUGUGAGCGUGUCUCUGUGCUUCGAACGCGCCGGCCUAUACCGCGCGCGGGUACUGUACCGGGGACAGAUGCUGCACAACGGGGAGUUUGACUGCAUCGUACUCACUGCGAGCGACACGGCGACAGUGCAGCGCAACAUAUCGUCGAAGCGUCACAACAUCUGCUACGAGGCGCGCCUUCUGUCGGGCAAGCCGCGCCGCGUCCUCUGCUGCAUCAGCCCCAAGCAACUCACGCUCAAGGACUACCUCUUUAAGUUUAUCCCCAAGAGGAUCACUAGCUUUCGCCUUUGUCCCUCUACUAAGUUGAUUCUAAAGCCAACCCCCCUGGGUUCGGGUCCGGGUGGCGAGUUCACCCUGGAGGACGGGGUACAGCCCCAGCUGGAGCUAGUGUCGGCGGAGAGAGAUCUCAUCGCCGCCACCUUCACACAGCUACUCAUUGCCAACUGUGGGGGGGAGGAUACCUUCAAGAACAAGCAAGACUUCUUCUACAGUGAGAUCCGCAAGGCUCACUCCCGCUACCCUCACGAGAAGCUCGCCAUCCGCGUCGUGCGCUCCGAGCUACUGAGGUCCAGCCUCAAGGCCACUCGACACUUCACCGUGCAAGACUGGUGCAAGAACUUCGACAUCACCUUCCAGGGGGAACAGGGUGUAGAUUGGGGUGGUGUACGUCGUGAGUGGUUCUCGUUACUAUGCGGUCAGCUGUUCGACCCUAAGUUUGGGCUGUUUGUGUCCUUCCACGACUCACCUACUGGCCUGGUACAUCCCAACCCCGAUAGACCACCGCAUCUGAAGCUGAAGCACUUCGAGCUGGCGGGCAAGCUGGUCGGCAAGUGUGUGUACGAGAGCGCGCUGGGCGGCGCCUACCGCCAGCUCGUGCGCGCGCGCCUCACGCGCUCCUUCCUCGCACAGCUCAUCGGACUCCGCGUGCACUACAAGUACUUCGAGCAAGACGACCCGGAGCUAUACUUGUCCAAGAUAAAAUACGUACUGGAGACUGACCUCGACAGCGGGGACUCCGUGCCAGAACUGUACUUCGCUGACGACGUCUACGACUCUUCGGGGAGACUCGUAGAAACACAUGAUCUACUGCCUAAUGGAUCUACAAUAAGGGUCCGCAACUGCAACAAGAUCUCGUACCUGGACGCGCUGGCGCAGUGGCGGCUGGCGGCGCGGGUGCGCGCGGAGACGGAGGCCUUCCUGCGCGGCCUGGGCGUGCUGGUGCCCGACAACCUGCUGGCCAUCUUCGACGAGAACGAGCUGGAGCUGUUACUGUGCGGUACGGGCGAGCUGUCGGUGCAGGACUGGCGCGCGCACGCGCUGGUGCAGGGCGCCGGCCGCGACUGGGAGCGCGUGCUGGCCUGGUUCUGGGCCGCGCUGUCCAGCUUCACCACGGAGGAACGCGCGCGUCUGCUGCAGUUCACCACGGGCUGCUCCCAGCUGCCCCCGGGGGGGUUCCAGGAGUUAAACCCGCGUUUCCAAAUAACGGCGGCGCCCAACUUCGGCGCGCUACCGACGGCGCACACGUGCUUCAACCAGCUGUGUCUGCCCGACUACGACAGCUACGAGCAACUCGUGCACGCGCUGCUCUGGGCCAUCAACGAGGGCGGCGAGGGCUUCGGGAUGAUAUAGACCUCGCGCAGGUAUCAAACCUACUGCUUAUUAUGUACAACAGAAUGUAUGCAGCAACCUUAGAACUGGUUUAGAUCAUAAAGUUGUCUAAACAUAAACGGACAAAUUACGGAACCUAAUGGUUCUUCGAAGGAUAUCUUUUUCCUUCAAUACUAAAAUAACAGCCGGAACCAACACUAAGUAGUAGACGAAAUAUGACAUUUGCUCGAUUUCUUUUUAUUAACACUACAAUUAAGUGCUCUUAAACUUGUACAGCUGAUCUUCUUCUAGUAUUUAGUAAACGCCUAAGUAUAUUUCUUUUUUUAAUAAUUUCAAUUUUUGUUUUAGUUAACUUUUGAACUAAAAAAAAUCGAGCAAAUUUCUUAUAAAUCAUUCUGUAAAAAUGUGUAUUUGAUGAGAUGAUUUUAAAUACAUUCUGAUUUAUUUGACAUUCAAGAGAAUUUGAUAUCAACGUCAUUUCGACGGAUAAUGUAAAUGUAUCAUUUUAUUUCUUUAACGAACUCGUCCGUUGUUGGAUGAUUAUUUAGCAUUUAAUAUCGUCAGAUCGAAAGGUAUUUGAUUAUAAAUAAUAUAAGCGAGUGGACUUAAGCUAGUCAAAUCCACUUCACAAAAGUGAACAAACUAAAAAUAAAAUUUAAUGAAUAUUUCGUACGUAAAGCUACGAUGGGUCCACGAGCCUUUAAUUUAAAAUGGAAUCCUGCCAAAGAAGAGUCCAUCUACAUGGAAUUGAUGAACUAGUGACAAUAACGAGUUAACAAACAUCAUGUUUAUUGUCAAAUUAUUAUUAAGAAAGUUAACUCGAACGAGAUAAAUAAUAUACUUAAACGAACGAUUUAAAAAUUAAAUUGUUAAACUAUGUAUAUGGAAGACCCGAAAUGCGGAAAGAUGAAAUCAAUAUUAAUAUUAAUAAAGCAUAAAUUUGCUUAUAACUGGCGGGAAUAAAAUGUUCUGUAUAUACAAGCAUUUCCCUUGGUUUUUAUAGUCGUUGCGUUUAGUUACUCUUAAUUUGAGUUUAUGGGUAUUUUAUUAAUUCAAAAUGGUUGAUAUUCAUUGCCAAUUGUGUUGAAGUGGUCCCCAUCUAAAGACGUAACAUUUUUACAACGUUUAAUGUACCUAGAUGUAGUAGUUGAGCCAGUAAUUCUUUCUUCAAAUAAUAUCCAAAAAUUAGUGUGUGUAAAUAGAUCUGAAAUGCAUUACACAAAGAGAGUAAUUUACGUAGAGUUAUUUCGUAAAAACAGUAAUAUUGUUAAUAUUAUUUGAAAAUAUAAGUAUUUCGCGGCUUUGUUCUUAAAUAUUAUAGUAAAACAUUGUAAUAAAAUAUACACAGUAUUUGCGAAACUUGCACCAGUGAAAAAUACCGGUAAACUUAUAGAUUUCAGGUUUCUGACUUUGAUAAUAUUUCGAAACAAAUUAAUAAUGAACGAAUAAAACAUUUAUAAUAUAUCGAGAUCUUAAAUACAAAAACUAUAUUAUUUAUUUAUUCUAUAAAAAAUCGAUUUUAUUUUCUUGUACAAACUUUGGCCUAAACGAUUCUAUGACUCCAACCUAAACUCCAAAGAUGCAUUUAAUAUAAAUAAUUAAUAAUAUUUAAUAAUAAAUGAUACGUGUAAUAAAUUAUUAAUUCUAAUUAUAAUGUAAACUUCUGUGUAUGAAUGUGUUUGAAUGUGCAUCUUAUGUGCAGUAACAUUUGUGUACCAUCUGUCUGAUGGAUAUUGUGGAAAAGGUAUAACUUUAAUAUCGACGUGUUUCAUUGUAAAGUCUUAGUCAAAUCACAUAUUUAAUUAAAUAUUAUCAUUAAAAUAUGCUGCUCUUUUCAUCUGGCUAUUAACAUGUUGCUACUCGUACAACUAAGUAACAUCAGCAAUGUGUCAAAAAUCUACAAAAUUCUGAAACUGUUAUAUUUUUUUUAUUGACGCAACUGUUAUUGUAAUAUAAGAUGCAACUUAGUGUACCGCAAAGAUGUUAGUGUUCAAUCGAAGUUGUUAUUAUCUAAGUUUCAACUUAUUGUUAAGUAUGGUUCUAGUCAUAUGAUACUCUAGUUGUCGCAAUUUGAUUGCAUUUAUUUCGUGUUUGGGAGAAGACGUCUUUCAAUAUUUCUUUAUUUAAUAUUUAAUCAAGUAUUUUGUGUAACUUGUAAGAUAUUAUUUCUUCUAGUUUAAGAUAAAGUUAUGUUUAUUUCGGUUGUGAUUUAUCUAACUUUUGUUGACUAGUCGCACUGUAAGGCUUACUUUUUAUUGUUAAGAGGCACAAAAUGUUGAGCAUUUCUCUGGUGUAAAUACUUUUUCAUUAUAUGGAGAAGAUAACGAGUAUUUAUUGUGCAAUGGUGAGUAUUGGACAAUAAAUCAAAGUCAAAAGCAUUUAUUUAUUUUAAUUAAUCCGUAAUCCAUGUAUGAGAACUUUUGAAACUUAUUAACAUAAGAUACUUUUUACAUCAUUUGGUCCAGUAUUGAUAUGAGACAUAAUAACGGUCUAAUUGCCAGCUUUAAUAAUCUAUCUAUCAGUAGGAUUGGGUGUUAGGAAUAGAAUACUAUCAAAGAUUUUGUUUCUAUGAAACAUGGAAAUCCUACUAAUGAUAUAAACGCGAAAGUAUGGAUAGCGCAUUUGUUACAAGCUACUGAACGUAUUUGAGUGUAAUUUAGCACAGAGAUAAAAUAGUCUGUAAUAAUACUUAGGCUUGUUUUUACCCUGGUACAGAAACCAGUCUAGCGAAUACAGAUAGAUAGGUUAUUGACACUGGUAAGUCGUUAUGUUCAAAUACAUUCUAUAUAAAGUGUCUGUAUAGUUUGGCAACAAAAGUACAAGUAAUGGAUAAUUUCUUGUCGACUCUCCAAACACAUUCGCACCUUUCUAAAGCUAACUGUUAGCUGUUUAUCGUUUUAUCAGUACCUACAUACUUCUAAUUUAUUUCCCGAUUAAAUGCCAUAUUUGUCACUUACUUAUGUGGUAAGACCAACAUUCUAUUCGGCUGUAUUUAAAAUUAUAAUUAUAACAAAUUACUAAAAGAAGAAAAUGCGUAGCCUAGUAAUUAUUUCAUAAACUCAAAAAUGACACGUCACGAAUUUGUGAUUGCGUAAUAAAUAUGGCAUUUUUUUAUUUUAGAAGUGUAAUUUAAGUCAUUUGAUGUAAUUUUAUAAAUAGCUGACAUCUUGUAUAUAUUCUAUUUCAAAGUUAAUGCGGCUUGACAUUGGUACGGAGAUAAAAGCGAAAAACAAAAGUAAAACAAGACUACAUAAUGCUGUAUUCCUAAAGAGUGUAAUUUCUGAUAACAACAAAGCAUUAGAUUGAGUUUGUACUCUGAACUUUGCAGAUAUACUUACUUUGAGAUAACACGUUAAAAUUGUUAUCAGGGUCGAGGCACUAGCCACUAUAUUAUCACGUGGAUACAAAUGAAAGAUCAUGCAGAUGUAUGAUGCAUUAUUGUGCAUGGUGACUAACUAACAGAUUUGCAUGGCUUAUCUCAUAACAGCAAAUGCUUGUACCUUGUUACAAAUUAUACGUCUGACGUAGUAGGGUAAAUUAUGAUACCGGAGAUUCAAAGGUCGGUUAUAUUAUUUAGCCUUCUUUAUCCAAGCACAUAAACAUGGAAUUUACAAAAUAAUAAACAUCAGCUUUUUAAAAUGAUGCUUCUGUAUCCAAAUAAUGUUGUUUAAUGCUUGCUGUCGACCUGUAUGUAUGAAUCUCCGUGCCAUUGUCUUGAAGUUCGAUCAUGUUUUGUAGUUAGGGGGCGGGCAGAAUUGUAGGCCUAAUCCGUAACCUACUAGUUGCUAUCGUUUGGCAAACUUUUAGAUUCUAUCACAAGUAUUUUGCAAAUCAUAACAAUAGUAACAGUAUUCCAGUUAAUAAGUAUUGUUUUUAUUAUAAUUAUUAAUAGUCUCCUUCUGCGUUUACAUGUUCGCGAUAAACUCAAAAACUCUCUUGAGGGAAUUAGUUCUUGAGGAAUUUAUGUAAUUAAGGUAUAUAGAGUAUCGUGAACGAAAAUAUUUGCAUAUGUAUUUAUAAAUUGUAUUAUUUUUUAUUGAAUGCCAUCAAUGUAUUGACUGUAUUAUAAUAUUUUAUAAUUAUUUGAAAG